CGCGUCCAGCGCUCCACGAGGGGGGGAAGGCCCCCCAAUCUGUAUAUAUGAAAGGCCUAAAAAGCCCGUCCCCGCAGGGAGGCCUGACUAGAGAAGGGGACGGGAGCAAGCUGGCGGGACUGGUGCAGGCGCGGCCGGCGGCGUCCUGGACGAGCUUCCUGGAAACCUGUAUUUCUAUGCAUAAAGAUGUCUUUGGUGGACUUGGGGAAGAGAUUGCUAGAAGCAGCAAGAAAAGGCCAAGAUGAUGAAGUAAGGACAUUGAUGGCAAAUGGUGCCCCUUUUACCACAGACUGGCUUGGAACAUCACCUCUGCACCUCGCAGCCCAGUAUGGUCAUUAUUCCACAGCGGAAGUGCUUCUGCGAGCAGGCGUCAGCAGAGAUGCCCGGACCAAAGUGGACAGGACCCCUUUGCACAUGGCCGCAGCUGAUGGACACGUGCACAUCGUGGAGCUGCUUGUCAGGAAUGGUGCGGAUGUGAAUGCCAAGGACAUGCUGAAGAUGACAGCUUUGCACUGGGCCACAGAACACCACCAUCGAGAUGUUGUCGAGCUGCUCAUCAAGUAUGGCGCUGACGUGCAUGCUUCUAGCAAGUUCGAUAAAUCCGCCUUUGAUAUAGCCCUGGAGAAGAACAAUGCUGAGAUUCUGGUCAUCCUGCAGGAAGCAAUGCAGAGUCAGCUGAGUGCUCACCCCAAGAGAACCACCCCUGGACCUGUGGCCACCCCAUUCAUCAUCACCUCAGGAGAAGUUGUCAGUCUGGCCGGCAUUGUCUCCUCAGCCAGUGCCAAAGCCACGCCAGUUAAUUCAGAGGAAGUCACGGAUGGCUAUUCUGUGGACUCAUCAGUCCAGCAUGUGGUAGGAGGUGUCAGCCAGAGGGUCAUCACUAUAGUGACAGAUGGAGUACCCCUGGGUAAUAUUCAGACGGCAAUCCCACCUGGAGGCGUUGGCCAGCCGUUCAUUGUGACUAUGCAAGAUGGACAGCAAGUUCUCACGGUGCCUGCCGGUCAGGCUGCAGAGGCAGCUGAAGAGGAAGCAGCAGUGGAGAAGUGGCCAUCCACCAAGAAACCUCGGCUCCCGGAGGUGCCAGGCAGCACGGAGAGCAAGGCGGGCACCGAGAGGGAGCUGCUCCAGCAGCAGCUCCAGGAGGCGAACCGGAGAGCCCAGGAGUACCGGCACCGGCUGCUCAGGAAGGAGCAGGAGGCCGAGCAGUACCGGCUCCGGCUGGAGGCCAUGGCCUGCCAGCAGCCCAGUGGCGUGGACUUCACUGGGGUCGAGGAGGUGACUGAGAUGCUGACGACCACUGCUGCGUGUGCUUCAGAGCCGGAGCUGGAGAGGGACCAGCUGUUAUUCCGGGUGGGUUUUGAUUUUGCUCUGGACUGUGCUUUGUGCCUGUUCUUAGUACACACACUGACUUCAGCUUUGUUCCUUGUUAAGGGCCUAGAGGUGUUAACUGCAGAAGAGACCUAGGCCUGGUCAGCUCACUUUCUGGGGUAGCUAAUGGUUGAGGAUGGGGGGGGGUUCUGCCCAGUGCUCCCUCCUGCGCUUCCAGAAAGUUCUUUCUGGAGAGGACUCACUCAGACCCUGAACAGUCUGUCUGAGAGAGGGCACAGUGGAGCAGGAGGUUCAGCCAGGGGCCACAUGCCUCCUAGGCACCCUCAGGAGCAGCCCCCACAACAGGAGAAGAAAUAUAUAUCUAGAGGGUAGAGCAAUAGAAUAGCAGGGAAGGGGUUUCAUGCAGGCAGCAGGGUUCAGUCCCCAGCACUCUCGGGUUCUCCGAGCCCCGCAUAGCCAGUAGUAAGCCCCAAACAUUGCCAGAUGUGGCCCCACAACAGACAAUCUCUAAUGCAGGCCAGUUCAUUUUUAAUAAUGGGCUCUGUGAGAUAGGAAGUCAAGACAGGUGGAAACAAAGAAGAAAAGGGAAAUGUAUAAAAAGAGAUGGUAGCAGAAAGGUAUUUGUUUUUAUUUACUUGGAGUAGAUCCUUUAGCAUCCCAAAGAAAAGGAAGUUGAUCUGCAGUUGCACUACCUUUGAGAGGAUACUAGCUAGAGAUAACUUAUAAUUGAAGCUGAAUAUGAAAUACAUGUGUGACAAUGUUAUUUUAUUGUUUCCAUACCUUCUGGCUCAGCUAGGGAAGCUGGGAACAUGCUUCUGGGUCUGAGAUAGAGGGGGAUUCCAAAUGGCUUGGUAGCAAGGUUGGCCUAGUUGGAGAACUAGAGCCUAGAAUGACCACCUCUUCUAAAUAAAGCCAGAGCCAUAGGACAGAGGGGAAUGUUCUGGUCGACCCUGGUUUGGUCCCCAACAUCCCAUAUGGUCCCCCCAGAUCCCAUCCAGAGUGACCUCUCAGUACAGAGCCAGGAAUAAGCUCUGAGCACAGCCAGCUGUGGCCCCCAAACCAAAAUUAAAGAAAAUUGAAGCUGCUCUGGGGACUGGAAGCACAGUAGGCUGAGUCCAGGUUUGAUCUCUGUGCCACUGAGGGUCGCCUGGCAACCCUGAGCACAGCGCUGGGCAUGGCCCCAAAACCAGAACAAUUAAUAAGGCUGCUUUUACAGUACCAGUAUUAAUACAUAGAUUUUAGACUUUACUUUUUUUUGUCCUAAAUCUCACUCCCUCCCAAAAGAAAAACCUUAAUAUUUCUAUUCUUGUUUUUUACUUUAGUGUUGUCAGAAAUACACAUUGCCUUCCUGUCACUACCUUUGUGGAGUCUUUAUUCUAAUGCCAGAGUUGAGGUUUCUUGAAAUAUGGGAUAACUUGAUUUUAGGUUUUUUAUAUUUUGGAGUUAGUGCCUUAAAAGAUGCUCUUUUCGGGGGGCAGAGCAAUAGUACAGCAAGUAGAGCAUUUGCCUUGAUGAGGCCCACCCUGGUUUGAUCUCCAGCAUCCUAUAUGGUCAGGAGUGAUUCUAGAGUGCAGAGCCAGGAGUAGCCCCUGAGCAUUGCCAAGGUGUGACCCAAAAACCAAAAAAGAAGAAAAAAAAGAAAAGAAAGAUGCUCUUAGGUACUUUUGAUUUUGCCUUUUCUCCAUUUUCAGCCUUUACAUUAUUAAAGUUUUCAGAUCUAUUAAAAGUAUUUGCAAUCUAUAACAAAAUUAUUUAAUUUCUUUUUUGUUGCUGUAAGAGAAAUUAAUUUAAGGAGAUAGCACGGCAGGUAGGGCAUGUGCCUUGCACACAGCUGACCCCAGGUUUGAUCCCCCACAUCCCGUAUGGUCCCCUGGGCCCUGCCACAAGUGAUUCCUGAGAGCAGAGCCAGGAGUAACUUUCGCCUGAGCACAGCUGGGUAUGGCCUCAAAACAGAAAAAGAAAUUAAUUUACCAAGAAGUCUAUUGGAGAAUGGCCUCCUAUUUUCUUAUUUUUUGGGGAGGCCACACCCAGUGGUGCUCAGAGCUUACCAUUGGCUCUGCUCAGGGAUCACUCUGGACAGGGCUUACGGGACUUUAGGGGAUGCUGGGGAUUGAACCCAGGAUUGCUCCAUGCAAGGCCAAUGGUUUGGCCCCUGUUCUGUCUCUCUGCCCCCCAUUUGCUUCUUGCACAGACUUCUCUGACUGGAGGAAGAGCUUUCAGUUGGAAUGUCGGUCAGAUUUGUUCUUCUGCUGGGCUGGGUUCUUACCCUUGUCUGAGUUAGUAUGAAUAAGGAGACCAGGAGCAAAAGUAUGUGAUUCAAAUGAGGUAUCUCUGCACCUGUUAUUUCGUCUCCCCACCGCACCUCCAGUGAGCCUCUCUAGGAUUAGGGGUACGGUGACAUUCCUAGAUUCCACUAUAGCAGUUUGGCUGGUUGAUGGCAGGAAAUCUGUUCUCUCCUCUCCUCUCCCCCCUUAAGUGCUUCUGCUUCUCUCGCCCCAUUGUUCUUCCCUGUUGCGUCUCCACCACCGCCAGGCCCUAAGUAGCAGGUCAUUUCUAAUCUGCGGGCCUGUCUCUCCUCGAUCCUCUCCCUGUCCUCCCUGUUGCGGAUGUUCUGUUUAUUCUGGUUUGUUUCUGAGAAUUCAUUCCGAUGGCACCCGCUCCCGUCUACUGCCUACUGCUCUCAGGAAAAUUUGCUCUAUUAGCAAUGAUGACAUCAGCUGCCCACUAGGGCUUUGUCCUGUGCUUGUCCCUCUGCCAAGGCCAUGAUGUUUCAGAGGGGAGAGAGUGAGGGCAGGCGCAGUGAUUGGUCUUAAAAUAUCCUCCAGUAGGGGCUGGAGCAAUAGCACAGUGGGUUGGGCGUUUUGCCUUGCACGAGGCCGACCCGGGUUCGAUUCCCAGCAUCUCAUGUGGUCCCCUGAGUACUGCCAGGGGUAAUUCCUGAAUGCAGAGCCAGGAGUAACCCCUGUGUAUUACUGGGUGUGACCCAAAAAAGCAACAACAACAACAACAAAAAAAGAAAAACCAAAAAAACAUCCUCCAUUUGUCAGACUUUCUGAAAACUUUAUGUAUAGUAUUAGGAAAACUUAAAUAAACUUCACUUUUUAUCUAGAAUUUUAUUUAAAUAACUUUGGUUCUGAAGAGCAGAAUUGUUACGUGAAUAAGCUCUGUGUAUGUAUAUAUACCUAUACAGAUCUGUAUUAUAUAUGCAACUUUUGUACUAUUUCACUUAACAUGGUUUCUUAAUAAAUUGUAAAAGUUUUAGACAUUUCA